UAAAAGCCUCUGAGCGAAUUUUUAAUUUCGAUUAAAAACAACGCGCGGUCGUAAACGCCAAGUCUUUUACCGCGUUUCAAUCGCUAUGUCUUACCAUUAUCUGCUGUAUCGGGAUGCUUUCGCUAAACUGGAGGUCAGUUAUUACGCGCAAACACGAACAUUAUCGCACGGAAGCCGAGGAAUGUUCUAAUUUUAUUAAUUUCUUUUAAGUAGUUACACGCGUUGUUUUUGUAUCCAUCGCAUUGCUCGAUCGACCCACUAAUCGUGUCACAGUACACGUAACGUUUAUCACACCGAUCUGUAACUAUUAGUGCGUAAUGACCAUUUAAACAUAUUUUUUUUUUUUUAAUUUCGAUUAUUCGAAAACAACACCAUAUUAAGUUUAAAUCUUAAACUGUUGACAUUUGUACAACUUUGACGCGCAACACAUUACACGAAAUCAUUUACAGUCGCUCAUUAUAGUGAUACAUUUUACAUUGCUUACGAGUUUGAACAUAUUUAAUUUAAAUCAAUACUCGUACAAUUUGUUUCUAUCCUAGUUGAGAUACAUAUUUUUUCUAUAAUAGUCGGUUUAAGAUUAUAAUAUUAUACUCUGAAAAUGUUAAAAACCUUAACGAUUUUGAUAUUCACGCAUACAAUACUGCAGUGUGGUAUGAAAAAAAAUGCUUUUUAUGUGGACGCAGCUCCGUCAGUCACACGCGAAGAUUUGACUGCUGUGUUGCCCGGUUCGCUGACCGAGCUGUUCGACUCGGAAGCGUUCGAGCGGAUCUGGCGGAAGGCCGCCGCCGAUCAGAUGGUCAAGCGGUUCGGGGACGGCGCCGGACGCGACGACGGCGCGAUCACGCGCAACAUGAUCGGCGACUACAUGGUGUCGGACGAAUUCCAAAAAGCCGUGUGCAAGGCCGGCGGCCAGGGCAUGUCGUCAAUGGGCGGCAUGAUGGGCAACGCGCCGCCCCCGUGGUCGUACAUGGGCACGUUCGUCGGUUCCGAAAAGUUCCAGCACGGUACGUGCGACAUGAUGUCGCAGGGGCUGAUCCAGUUCGGCGAGGGCAUGAACGGAUGGUUCCGGUCCACCGGCCCCGCGGACGUCGACGCCGCCGCGGCCCGGGACCCGGUGCGGGCUGUCGACGCGUUCUUCCGGUCCGAAUACUACGACAACACCCGGGAAAAGCUGCGCGACAUGUUCGCGGACGUCCGGUUCUGAUCCGCCCGGGUCCGCCGUCGCGGGUCUACUGCACUUUAAUUAUACACGAUGAUUUAUUAUUGUGACAACGCGAUGCGUGUCGUGACGCGCGACGCCGUUUCCGAUGUCGUAUCGUUAUUGUCAUCUCAUCUCACCGCCACCUGCAAUAAGACGUGUAACGCGUUUCGUCGACAAUAUUAUUAUUAUUAAUUUUUUAUAUGCACUGUUUUAGGCGCUGCACUACAAUAUUAUUAUUAUUAUAUC